CGUCUGCCAGUCAGCUCAACCACCUCCAGCCUCUUCUACCUCCAUCAGCCACCCACAACUUCAAUAUAUGACCGUCGCCGCUGCCAUAUCGAUUGCAUUACGACUAAAGCUUGAUAUCCAAGCUUCAUGUGUAGUGGAUCGUCGGAUAGGUGAUGGCCGAAGCCAAUGCGAGGUCCAACAAGCGACAGGCUCUUCAUGAUGAGUCGGAAUCCAACACAGCGGUACCCGAUGUCGGGGCGGUAAGGAAACGUAGAGCAUUCCUUCAGACAAUGGGCCAGCAGCUUCGGGAAUUCGGAAACGAAGGAACAAGUCCUCAGGAUCACAGUCGCAGUACAUUCGGCACCAGCCCUGGCAGUAACCUCAGGCCUCCGUCCAGCACAGGAAACAUUGCCGCGAACCAGGCAUCCGUGCGUCAUGUCGAUACCCCAGAGAGUGAUGCUGCACCUGGGGAAGAUGAUCAGCUACCCGCAGGUGCUGCAAAGAGCGCUUCAAGAUGGCUUUGGAAAACAGACGAAGUACGCCCUCUUGCACCAGAGAGCGUCACAUCAGCUAUUGCAUUUGAUGACCUUCUCGAAUGGAGUCAGUCUUACUUCGACCAUUGGCAUCCUGCCUUUCCGUUUCUUCAUGCGCCCUCUUUACUGGAUUAUUUUCGUCAAAUUGUGUCGAGAGGCGUUCGCAUCGCCUCUCAAUCUACAGCAAACGAACUCCAACAUAUCAUACUUCGCUCCAUCAUGUCAAUCUCCAUCCACGACCGGCGGCAGAUGAAUCUCACGCACAAACUAGUGCCUACGGCACUCGUGUUCCAUUCCGUCAACGACGCCAUCCGGAGCGUCCAGUUGGUGCUGACUGAAGAGAGCUCGGUGCUCUCUUUGCAAGCUCUUGUUAGCGUACAAUUGUUCUUAAUCACGAUGCACAGGUACAACGCGGCGUCGCGUCUGGAAGGUUUGGCCGUUCGAAUGGCCUUCCAGUUGAGUCUGCAUCGCUGUCCAUUACAGUUAUCAAUUCCAAGCAAAGAAGCAGAGCUGAGGAAGCGGCUUUUCUGGUCUGUAAUAUGUAUCGAUAGAUAUAUAUGCAUCCGGCUCGGUACCCCACUCGGCAUACGGUCAGACGAGGCAAACGUCUGCUACCCACACACAGAACGACACCUACGGGAGCCCGAAGAAGCUGAUCGCACCCGUGAUGACCGACUAGAUUUAUUGGACUUUCUAGCUCGCCACGCCGACAUCCGCGGAUCCAUUAUGCAAACGCGACACCAGUCCAUGCUGCAUGGUAGCGCCGAUGAUGUCGACCAAGCCCUGGAAGUGGAGGCAGAGCAUACCAAGUGGUGGAACAUGGUCGAUGAACACUUGUCUAAUGACGAGCAGACACAAACCAUAUCCAAGGCACAUCAAGUCACACUCAUCGUCCUUCGCUUCGAGUCAGUGCUUGCUCUCCAUCGUUCUGUGUUAGCAACGUCGAAGAAGAACGCUGCAUACAACGCUGCGCUGCAACGCUGCAUAUCAGCCUCACGCUCCAUAAUAAACACACUACACAAAGCCCUUCGGGGUUUCGGGGCGUUCGAUGGCUCACCUGGUCAACAUGGAUAUGAAAGAACUCCUCUGCUUUGGCCAUCAUUUACCUGGGCAGUAUGGAUGAGUACGUUUAUCAUCCUGUCUGCUGCUGCGGACGGACAGGUCACGCGCGAUAUCGCAUUCAGGCUCUCAGACAGAAGCAUUCAGAUCCUCAAGCACCUGGCGUUGAGGGGUACGAGUUGGCCAGACGCAUGCACGGUCGCUAUUCAGAACCUUGUCGCACGACUCGAUAAGCCAUAUAGCCGCGACCUUACGAACACGUCUAGGAACAGCUCGCGGGCGGCAAUUCAAGCUGCUCGCGACCCCUCCAUUGGCAUGGAUAACUGGCAAGCUCAGAGGCAAGUAUCAGAAAAUCGUUCGGGAAAUUAUGUGGCCUCCAGACAUAAUCCAGCGACAGGCAUAGUGACGCCAACAGGACAGCUCCAGAGACUUACCGAUCAGCCUCAUGCAGUACAAUAUUUCGCAAACUACACAACCCAAGCGACAGAGCCAACCCUAUCUAACGCCAACGCACAACCUGCCGAUAUGCAAAAUGCCAACAGCCUAACAUUCGACUAUCUUGCGGGAGCAGGGAACUUCCUUGGUAUUGCACAGCAAUAUUCAGACAAUCCUUUACCAAACGAAGAGAUCAUGCAUCUCUUCAACGGCGAAGACAUCAAUUACUGGUUCGGGAACGACACUGCGAUGACUGAAAAUCCACUUUAUCAUGAACAAAGCUUUCAUUGAGCGUCAAGGGGAAUACUAA